AUGAAUGAUCUUGUCAUCAAUCUCAAAACGAAACCGGACAUUUCGAAACCACAAUGGGACCAACGGACGUAUUAUGGCCGCGUCCGCCACUUCUUCACACUAACCAACCCUCUGACCCUCUUCUCAUCCGAAACUCGUCAGGAAAAAUGUCGAGAAAUUGUGACUAAUUAUCGGAAAGGGAUAAUUAGUGAUCAAUUAACAGUCAACGAGUUAUGGAGAGCUAAAGCCUUGUACGAUGCCACGUAUCAUCCGGAUUCUGGAGAGAAAAUGUUCUUUUUGGGACGGAUGAGUGCUCAGAUGCCCGGCAACAUGUUGAUCAACGGAAUGCUCCUCAGUCUCUACCGUACCUUUCCUGGCGUGGUAUUCUCUCACUGGAUCAAUCAAUCAUUUAACGCUGUCGUCAAUUAUACAAAUCGUAGUGGAAAUGUAAAAACUUCCAAUGAACGACUCCUUCUUUCAUAUCUUUGUGCAACGGGAGGAGCCAUGUCCGCCGCGUUGGCACUUAAUGCGAUGGUUAAGAACAACCAUGGACUAGCUGCUCGUUUAGUCCCAUUCGCGGCCAUUGCUCUGGCCAACGCAAUCAAUAUUCCAAUGAUGAGAAGCAAUGAGAUCACCGAUGGAAUGGAAUUGAAGGAUGAAAACGAUAAUUUGGUUGGAAGAUCUAGAAAAAUGGCAGUUCUAUCAAUUGCUCAAGUUACGAUGAGUCGAAUUGCUAUGGCUAUGCCGUAUAUGGUAAUGACACCAAUUAUCAUGAACCGUAUCACUCGAACUGCCUACUACCGUACCCGCCUGUGGAUGCAAAAAUAUUCAGAAAUUCCGAUUCAAACCGUUUUGGCGGGAAUCGGACUCUAUUUUACGACACCACUUUGCUGUGCACUUUUCCCACAAAAAUCGGCAAUUGAGGUCACGAAACUGGAACCCGCUUCUCAGAAUGAGAUUUUCUCUCGUGCCGAUGCUCCAGAAGUGGUUUUCUACAACAAGGGAUUAUGA